AUGGCCUCGUCUUCGACACAGCAGCAGGCAACUUCGCCCAAGAGCGAUCCUGUCACCGCUGCUCAGCAAAAUUCAAUCGAGGGCCUCUGCAAAGCCGCACCACAGGUUGAAGGCGCCAGUCUCAUCGUUGUCUCCAACCGUCUUCCCGUCACAAUCAAGGUCGACCCUUCCGUUCCAGGCGGCUACACCUUCUCCCUGUCUUCAGGCGGUCUCGUCUCAGCGCUUUCAGGAUGCAAAAAGUCCAUGAACUUCACCUGGAUUGGAUGGCCCGGUCUUUCGGUUCCUCCCAAGGACGAAGAGUACAUCGAGAAGCGUCUCCGCGAAGAAUACAGCUGUCAGCCCGUGUGGAUCUCAGACGAGAUCGCAGACCGUCACUACAAUGGCUUCUCCAACUCGAUCCUCUGGCCCCUCUUCCACUACCAUCCCGGAGAGAUGAACUUUGACGAGACCAACUGGCUUGCUUAUCGAGAGGCCAACUUGCGUUUUGCCGAGAAGAUCCGCAGCAUUGUACGACAGGGUGAUAUGGUCUGGGUGCAGGAUUACCACCUUAUGCUUCUGCCACUCAUGCUCAGGACGCUUAUCGAGGGAAGUGAGCAGCAGGGUCCAACAUCACAACGUGAGCUCGAGCAUGUUGGUCAUGGUGUUGAUGGUACGCUCCAACUCCAGGAUGAUGACCCACUUGCAGCACCUGCAACAGAUCGAUACGACUCUAUCCGAGGCGCUCGACCCAGUACACCACCCGAGGACAACAAAGAUGACUACACUGGUCGAGGUGAUGCCGCACGCAGCACAACUGCAACUGGCCGUGGUCUCGGCACCAGCGAUGGCUCCAGCGGUCGAGGCUCUAUCAAGAUUGGCUUCUUCCUCCACACUCCCUUCCCAUCUUCAGAGAUCUACCGUAUCCUUCCAGUUCGACGAGAAAUUCUCCUUGGUAUCUUGCACUGCGACCUCAUCGGAUUCCACACCUACGAUUACGCCCGACACUUCCUUUCGUCCUGCACACGAAUUCUCGGUCUUCCCACUAUGCCCAACGGUGCCGAGUUCGAGGGUCGUUACGUUCACGUAGGAACGUACCCGAUUGGUAUCGAGCCCAACCAAUUCGAAGAGGGACUCGAGCGCGACAGCGUCAAAGAGCGAAUUAAAAGCUUACAAAGGCGCUUUGAGGGCGUCAAGAUCAUUGUUGGUGUUGAUCGACUCGACUACAUCAAGGGUGUUCCUCAGAAGCUUCAUGCCCUCGAGACAUUUUUGCAGGAUCACCCUGAGUGGGUUGGCAAGGUCGUCCUCGUCCAAGUCGCCGUACCGUCGCGACAAGAUGUCGAAGAGUAUCAGAACUUGCGCGCCACAGUCAACGAGGCAGUUGGCCGCAUCAACGGGCGCUUCGGUACUGUCGAAUCCAUGCCCAUCCACUUCCUCCACCGAUCGGUCAGCUUCGACGAGCUCUGUGCGCUGUACGCUAUCAGUGAUGCAUGUCUCGUCACCUCGACUCGUGAUGGUAUGAACCUCGUCUCUUACGAGUACAUUGCAUGUCAGCAAGAACGAGCAGGUGUCAUGAUCCUCUCCGAGUUUGCUGGUGCUGCCCAGUCUUUGAAUGGUUCGCUCAUCUGCAAUCCUUGGGACGCCUUCGCUGUGUCGGAUGCCAUUUACGAGGCUCUUACAAUGCCAACCAACGUGAGGAGGGAGAACUUCGAAAAGCUCAGCAGAUACGUCAAGAAGCACACAGCUAGCUGGUGGGGUCUUAGCUUUGUCAAUGAUCUGAAGAAGAUCAAGGUCGAUGAUAGUGGUGCCGAGUCAAGACCUCGAAGCUAG